GGUUCGUCGCGGGGUGGGCUGAGUACAUGGCGCCCAGCGGCAUGUGUGUGUGGGUUCGUGCCCUAGAAACAUUGUGGAUUUGCUUACCUACCUCCUUCUGAAGACUAGAGGUCGGCCGACAGGUUUGGGAGGUUUGAAAUGCGGGGCUGAUUUCUUCCCUGUUUUCCGGUUCUGCCCGCGGGAACCUUCAGGAAAGCGUGGAAAGACGGGAAGGGCGUGCGCCUGCUGACCGGCCCCUUGCUGCCUCUGCACGGUCGUGGUGUCCCGCCUUGCGCUGCUAUAUGGAGUCAUUCGCUUGUCGCUUCUGGCCUACCUUUGUUAAUAGAAGUGCAAACGGAUGCAUUGAGAAGGGGGAAAGGGUAUUAAAAGAUCUUUACCCUACUCACCUUCCCGAAAGGCCCCAAAGACUUUGCAGAUUUAUCUAGUUUACCUGCAUGAGCACUUGAAUGUUCAGCGGACUAGGGCUUCAGUAUUAAAGAGUGGGAACUCCUGGCGUUUUAAGGGAUUUGUUACAGUUCCUAAACUGACUUUUGACCACCAUCCAACACCUGCAGCUUGAGAUUCCUGAGCGUCUUACCAUCCUACGGCUCCAACAUGUUCUGUUGGUUAAGUCGACUGUGCAGGGGAUUAUCCACACCCACCAGAAGGACCACCCAGUUGAUCUGGAGUUCUGCCUCCCGAAGUCUGGUACUGAGUUCACAGAGGAGAAUUCCAGAACUCAGUAGCUUUGUUGCCCGGACCAACACGUGUGGAGAGUUGCGUUCUUCUCACUUAGGCCAAGAAGUCACCUUGUGUGGAUGGAUUCAGUUCCGAAGGCAAAAUAUCUUCCUGGUCCUAAGAGAUUUCCAUGGACUUGUUCAAGUUGUCAUUCCCCAGGAUGAGUCUGCUGCUUCGGUGAAGAAGAUUUUAUGUGAAGCCCCCAUGGAGUCUGUGGUGCAGGUGUCUGGGACAGUAAUUUCCCGACCUCCAGGACAGAAGAAUCCAAAAAUGCCAACAGGUGAGAUUGAAAUCAAAGUUAAGACAGCUAAACUUCUGAAUUCCUGCAAGAAGCUGCCCUUUGAAAUUAAGGACUUUAUGAAGAAAACAGAGGCUCUUCGUUUGCAGUACCGCUACUUAGAUUUGCGUAGUGUCCAAAUGCAGUAUAACCUGCGACUGAGAUCCCAGAUGGUCAUGAAAAUGCGGGAAUAUCUCUGUAAUCUACAUGGUUUUGUAGAUGUAGAAACACCAACAUUAUUCAAGAGGACUCCAGGGGGUGCAAAAGAGUUUGUUAUACCAUCCAGGGAACCUGGGAAGUUUUAUUCUCUCCCUCAGAGUCCUCAACAGUUUAAGCAGCUUCUGAUGGUUGGUGGUCUAGACAGAUAUUUUCAGGUUGCCCGAUGUUAUCGAGAUGAAGGUUCGAGACCAGACAGACAGCCCGAAUUUACUCAGAUUGACAUAGAGAUGUCCUUUGUAGACCAGACGGGUGUCCAGAGUCUAAUUGAGGGCUUGCUCCAGUAUUCGUGGCCCAGUGACAAAGAUCCUGUGGUGGUCCCUUUUCCUUCUAUGCCUUUUGCUGAGGCACUGGCCAGCUAUGGAACUGAUAAACCUGACACUCGCUUUGGGAUGAAGAUUGUAGAUAUCAGUGACAUGUUCAGAAACACAGAAGUUGGAUUUCUCCAAGAUGCCCUUAGUAAACCCCAAGGAACUGUCAAAGCCAUAUGUAUCCGUAAAGGAGCAAAAUACUUCAAAAGGAAGGACAUUGAGUCCAUUAGAAAAUUUGCAGCUGACCAUUUUAAUGAGGAAGUCUUACCUAUAUUCCUGAAAACCAGUGAAACCUGGAAUUCUCCAGUUGCUAAGUUCAUAAUGGAGGAGCAAGGCUUGGGACUCGUCAAACUGUUGGAGACCCAAGAGGAGGAUGUGGUCCUGCUCACUGCCGGAGAGCACAAGAAAGCAUGCUCUUUGAUGGGAAAAUUACGACUGGAGUGUGCUGACCUUCUAGAAGCAAGAGGAGUGGUGCUUCGUGACCCAGCUCUGUUCUCUUUCCUUUGGGUGGUGGAUUUCCCCCUCUUCCUUCCCAAGGAGGAAAACCCCCAAGAGCUGGAGUCAGCCCACCACCCAUUUACUGCUCCCCAUCCAAAUGACAUUCACCUUCUUUACACUGAGCCCCACAAGGUCCGUAGCCAACACUAUGACUUGGUUUUAAACGGCAAUGAGAUAGGAGGUGGUUCUAUCCGAAUUCAUAAUUCAGAGAUUCAGCAUUACAUCCUGGCCACAGUACUAAAGGAAGAUGUGAAAUUGCUCUCCCAUCUGCUCCAGGCUUUAGAUUAUGGGGCGCCCCCUCAUGGAGGAAUUGCCUUAGGGUUAGACAGACUGAUGUGCCUUGUCACUGGAGCACCAAGCAUCAGAGAUGUCAUCGCCUUCCCCAAAUCCUUCCGUGGGCACGACCUCAUGAGCAAUGCCCCAGAUUUUAUCCCUCCUGAGGAACUGAAGCCCUAUCACAUCCAGGUCUCCUGGCCAACAGAUGCAGAAACAGAAAAGAGCUCAUCGAAUCAUCCAUGCCUUUCAGAAAGUUGAGCUGUUGAAUUUUGUCCUUUGUUUCCCCAAGGCUAAAAUCAGAUCUGGAGUUCAGCCACAGAUCUGACUUCAAGUUUUUAGAUGGAAGAAAUCCAGGCUACAGUCUUCACCUCAAUGAAGAAACAGUAUCCAGUUUUCAUGAUAACAUGCAUUACUAGGAUUAUUUAUUUGGAGCUUUUUUAAAAUCACAUUUUUUAUACUCAGAUAGUAGACUGUUCUCUUAGGACAGAGGUAGUCAAAUCACAUGUAAAAAUGUGGGAAAAUUCUUGCCCUAUUAGACUGGUCAGUUGAUGGAGGCAUCAGUACAACCAGCUUCACCAAGAGAAUCCUAUAAAAUAACCUGGAUAAUGACAUUUAUACUAUCAAUGUAAUAUAGUGAGAAGUAACAUGACAUAAAGCAAAAAAAAAAAAAAUCACUGAAAUAAAGGUCACAAAGUGUUAAUCAGUGCUUUACCCCACAAGUUGUAUAAAUCUCUCUUGGCCUCCCUUUCUGCAUAUAUGAAAUAUAAACAUCCCUGAAUCCCUCUUCUUGUCAGAAUCCUAGGAGAUGAAUAUUAUGUGGAAGAUAACGUGAGUAAAUAUGCUCUGAAAACCUUUCAGGCAUUACUUAAAUGAAAUAUUAUCCACCUGGAAACAGAAUACUGGUAUUUUAUACUAAAAUACUAUGUACUUUAUAAUUUUAGGUUAAACAAAACUGACAUCUGUGGUAAAAAGGAAAACAGUAAUCUCACUAAUCAUUAUUGUUUAUAUUUCUAUUUUUUAAAUAAUCAUGAAUCCCUGAAUAAAUUUUCCUCAAUUAUAACUAAAAAUAUUAACCAUAAAGCAACCUCAAAUGUAGAAAAGUGAACACUGGAAUUUACUCAUUUUUUUACACGUUUUGUUGACACAAAUAAAGACUUAUAAAAUGGGAA